AUAACCUCUAGUGUUUAUGAACUGCAGGGACUAGGGUUAUUGGCAGCGUCAGCUAUGUUUCCUUCUCCAACCAAUUCUGAAUCGCUUUCUUCUCAACUGCGAGUGAUAUUGUUUUUUAUUGCACUUUACUUGGUGGCCAUUGGACAAGGAGGACAUAAGCCUUGUGUUCAAGCUUUUGGAGCUGAUCAGUUUGAUGAAAACCAUCUAGAAGAAUGCAAAGCCAGAAGCUCAUUCUUUAAUUGGUGGUAUUGCACUAUGUGUGUAGGCAUCCUGGUCGCUCUUUUGACGUUAAACUAUAUACAGGAUAACCUUAGUUGGGUCCUAGGAUUUGGAAUCCCUUGUCUUGUGAUGAUCAUUGCGUUGAUUGUUUUCUUGCUUGGAACUAAGACGUACAGGUUUAAUGUUAUUGAAGUGCUUGACAAGAGUCCCUUCAUGAGAAUUGGCCGUGUUUUUGCUGUAGCCUCAAGAAACCGGCGAAAAUCUUUGUCAAAUAUUGUGACUGAUGAGGAAUUUUGUGCUCAUAAAGCUCACCAAUGUUCCAGACAAUUCACAUUUCUCCACAAAGCAUUGCUUGGACCAAAUGAGGAAGCUUGUAGCCUCAAUGAAGUAGAAGAAGCAAAGGCUAUACUUAGACUUGUCCCAAUCUGGGCAACAAGUUUAAUCUUUGGCAUUGUGUUUGCUCAAGUUCCUACUUUCUUCACCAAGCAAGGGGCUACUAUGUACAGAACUAUAUCUUCAGGCUUCGAUAUCCCUGCUGCUUCUCUCCAAUCUCUGAUCUACCUGGGUAUUGUUAUUCUCAGUCCCAUUUAUGACCGUAUAUUCGUGCCAAUCGCGAAAUCCAUCACCAAAAACCCUUCAGGCAUCACAAUGCUACAAAGAAUAGGAACUGGAAUAUUCAUCUCCAUAAUUACAGUAAUAGUUGCUGCUGCUGUUGAGGCAAAAAGACUGAACACAGCAGAAGAGUAUGGUCUAGUUGAUGAACCAAAUGAGACUGUCCCAAUGAGUGUGUCGUGGUUGAUUCCUCAGUACCUGUUGUUCGGAAUAGCCGAGGUUUUCACCAUGGUUGGUCUUCAAGAAUUCUUCUAUGAUCAGGUCCCAAAUGAACUAAGAAGCAUGGGCCUUGCUCUCUACUUGAGUAUCUUUGGCGUGGGAAGCUUCUUAAGGAGCUUUCUGAUCUCUGUGAUAGAGGAAGUAACAGGCAAAGAUGGCCAGAGCAAUAGCUGGUUUGCUAAUAAUCUCAACCAGGCACAUCUUGAUUACUUCUACUGGUUACUCGCUGGGCUUAGUAUAAUGGGAUUAUCUUUAUUCAUUCUCUCCGCAAAAUCUUACAUAUAUAACCAAAAAGCAAGGAUAUAA